CGUGAAUGUAUCUCUUUGCACAUCGGCCAAGCUGGAGUACAGAUGGGCAAUGCAUGCUGGGAGCUUUACUGCCUGGAACAUGGCAUCGAGCCAGAUGGACAAAUGCCUACUAGAGGAGAUGACCUGUGCAAUACUUUCUUUCGUGAGACUAGAACUGGCAAGCAUGUUCCUAGGGUUCUCUUUGUUGACCUGGAGCCCACUGUCAUUGAUGAGGUUCGUACAGGUACCUAUCGUCAGCUGUUCUAUCCAGAGCAGAUGAUUACAGGCAAGGAGGAUGCUGCCAAUAACUACGCCCGUGGUCACUAUACCAUUGGCAAGGAGAUUAUUGAUCUGGUUCUAGAUGGAACUCGCAAAUUGGCUGACCAAUGUACUGACCUUCAAGGAUUUCUCAUCUUCCACUCCUUUGGUGGUGGUACCGGCUCUGGUUUCACAUCCCUCCUCAUGGAGCGACUUUCUGUUGAUUAUGGAAAGAAAUCAAAACUUCAGUUUGCUGUCUAUCCAUCCCCUCAGGUGUCCACAGCUGUGGUAGAGCCUUAUAACUCCAUUUUGACAACUCACACCACUCUUGAGCACUUUGACUGCACUUUCAUGGUGGACAACGAAGCAAUCUAUGACAUCUGCCGCAGGAACCUCGACAUUGAAAGGCCAACCUACACUAACUUAAACAGACUCAUUGGCCAGAUCGUGUCUUCCAUAACAGUCUCACUUCGCUUUAAUGGAGCCCUGAAUGUUGACAUAACUGAGUUCCAGACCAAUUUGGUGCCCUAUCCUCGUAUCCAUUUUCCUCUGGCCACAUACGCCCCAGUCAUCUCUGCAGAGAAAGCCUACCAUGAACAGCUGUCUGUGGCCGACAUCACCAAUGCCUGCUUCGAGCCAGACAACCAGAUGGUCAAAUGCGAUCCUCGUUAUGGAAAAUAUAUGGCUUGUUGUGUGCUGUUGUUUGUUGGUGAUGUGGUUCCUAAAGAUGUCAACUCUGCCAUUGCUGCUCUGAAGUCCAAACGCACCAUACAGUUUGUUGAUUGGUGCCCUACUGGUUUCAAAGUAGGCAUCAGCUUGCGACCUCCAACAGUGGUUCCUGGAGGAGAUCUGGCUAAGGUGCAGAGGGCUGUAUGUAUGUUAAGCAACACCACAGCCUUUGGUGAGGCAUGGGCCCGUUUGGACCGUAAAUUUGAUCUGAUGUACGCUAAGAAAGCCUUUGUGCACUGGUAUGUGGAAGAGGGAAUGGAGGAAGGAGAAUUCUCAGAGGCCAGAGAGGAUAUGGCAGCCUUGGAGAAGGAUUACGAAGAGGUUGGUACUGACAGCAUUAGGGAUGAGGAUGAAUCGGGAGAGGAGUACUGA